GAGAGAGAGAGAGAGAGAGAGGGAGGUACAAUUUAGAGCCACCCACCGAACACCUGCUCAAUCAUUGCAACUUGAGCAAGCAAGCAUGUGGAAGCAGCUCUGCAGCUUUGCCAUUCAUUUCUAAUUUUCAAAUCAAUCUUAUCACCAUCCAUAGAUUAAUCAUGGAUGUUUAUGGCUGAAUUAGUUUUUUCAUCAUCAUUAUUUUAGGACAAAAAAAAGGCUGUCACAUGGUCAGCAAUGAGUGCUUCUGCAGGAACUGGCGUGUUUGUGCUCUCCUUGAUGUCCAUUCCCAUCUGUUACUUGUUCAACUCACUCGUCUACAACAACAGCGCCGAAGCCUUCUUUUUUGCUGGAUGUGCAACAUUCAUCUUUCUGGUCAUAUCUGCCCGUUUUAUACUCAGGAGAAAAGCUCCAUUAGACUCUCUUUUCUAUGUGUAUGCAGUCCAUGCGUUCUUCAGUGUGGUGAACUUGAUCAUCGGACUGGAGCAGGACAACAUCAUUGAUGGAUUUGUGACUUUUUACCUGAAAGAGGCAGAUCCACACAUUAAUACAGCACAUGGUCACAUGAUGUCCUAUUGGGAUGGCUGUGUGCAUUAUCUGAUGUAUCUCCUGAUGAUUGCAGCAAUUACCUGGGGAGACAACUUCAGAGCUAUUGGACUCUACUGGGUAGGGUCUUUUGUCAUGCGUUCCAUUAUCUACCUUCUUGGGAAUGCUGUUGGAAAAUAUGGGACUGAAAUGGGUCCUCUCUUCUUCCUUCACUUACUGUACAUCGCAGUGUCUGUUUGGGCGUGUUUUCGCAUCUUCAGCCACCCUUCCACACAAACUGUUGAGUGGAAGAGCAUACAGGAAGCUCAGAGGAUGACAUUGUUCCGCAGACCUAUGGACUUGUUUUUCAUAAUCUACCUCAUCCCAGCUAUGUCUUUCUGUGUCUUCAGAGGUCUGGUUGCCCUGGACUGUUCCAACACAUUGUGUCAGCAUUACGCGCAACAUUAUGAGCCAUACGUGAAAGACCCAUCUGCCUACCCUAAAAUACACAUGCUGGUGAGCAUGCUGUACUCAGGCCCAUACUACAUCAUGACUCUCUACAGCUUGUUGGUUCCAGGAUGUGAGUGGAUGCUGGACCUGACUCUUGUACAUUCAGGUGCUAUAGCACAAGCCCAGUUUUCUCAUAUCGGCGCCUCUCUUCACACACGGACGCCAUUCUCUUAUAGAGUUCCUGUUGCCAACCAACCUGUGUUUUUGCUGGUUAAUAUCUUGUAUGCUGUGGUGCCUCAGGCUCUUUGCUACCGCUGCACUACCAGGCCGGCCUUCUUCCUCAAGGGCAUGCCAGACAAGAAAAAUGCAUGAGUGUUAUAGAGGAGCUACAGUCUUUUUUGGAAAGGCGAGUGUAGUCAAUACACUGUAGCAGCUUAAGAUGAAUUACCACAUUAUUUUCCAAGUUAAUGAGGGUUUAGUGAUGGAAAGUAAAACACUAAACGCACGCUUUCAUACUGGAAGCAUUGUAGUGGGGUGGGAAGCAGGAGUCUUACAGUGACAGAAUAAUAGCAAAUUACCGUAGAUACCUGCAAGAUACAUGCAUUCUUACAAAAGUAAACUCUCCUCACAUUUUUGGAACUAUUUAUUACAUCUUUUCAUGGGACAACACUGAACAAAUGACAGUUUUGAAAUUUGGUGUUAUCAUUCUCUCACUCUCAUCCUAAUCACUGAACUAAGUUCAAUAUGGCACUUCAUGGUAAAAAAUCUCAGAAGGGCUGAAAAAAAGAAUUGUGACCAAUUCGUACAUUUUCACUUUUUUUUGCUAACAUUUACGACAUUAAUAGCUGUUUUUUGAGGUUCUCUGAGGGAACAAUUAGUCAAUACCGUUAUACUGCCUAUACAGUAUACUGACUAGAUUACAUUGUGUAGCAAAUUUUCAUUUCAUCACUGAUGUCCAAUGAAGGAUAUAAUGAAUUGUGCACAAAAAUGUGAGGGUGUGCUCAUUUGUGUAAGAUACAGUAUUUCAUAUAAUCAUGCGAGGCAAAUAAACAACAUUGCCUGUAUAUUAUAUAUUUUUGAAGACUGAAAGCAAUCUGUCUGCUGUUUGUUUUGGAAAAUCAAGUCAUAGUUUGGAAAUAAUUUUUUACUUAUUUGAAUUCAAGAAAUGAGCUGGAGUGUGUUUUAUUUUUUGUGUUCAAUGCUUUGUUGAUAAACUUGGCUCAUAUUUGACUUGA